AUGAGUUUGUGGGGACAGAUUUUCCGGCGAGGGAAAAUGACCCAAUCCGACUGCCAUGUGUUUAUCAACUAUAGGCGGGUCGAUACGAAUAAAAACGUUGCAGGGCUUUUAUACGAUCACUUCUCUAGGCUGAAUUUGAGACCGUUCUUGGACAGCAAGUCAAUGAAGCCGGGGGACAAGUUAUUCGAGAAAAUACACACGGCGAUACGUGAUUGUAAGGUAGGGAUCGCCGUGUUUUCGCCGAAUUACUGCAACUCCUAUUUUUGCCUGCACGAGUUGUGCAUGAUCAUAGAGUGCAAGAAGAGGGUUGUUCCUAUCUUUGUUGACGUGAAACCCUCAGAGCUUAGGGUUUUGGAUAAUAGAAGCAGUCCGGCAAAAGAAUUAUUUAGGUUUCGAGAGGCUAUUGAAGAGGUCAAGAACACUGUUGGUUUGACAUUCGACUCAACAAAUGGGGAUUGGUCGGAUCUGAUUAAGAAUGCUUCGGAUGCCGUUAUGAAAAACUUGCUGGAGGUUGAAGGAGAGACACUAGGAGUCAGAGUUUACGCUGUUUCAGCUGAUCCUAGUGUUGCUGCUAAAUAUUUGAGGCUGUUGUGGUACACCGGCAAAAAGCCACCCGAGAACCACACCAAAGAGAAUGGCAAAAAGCCAACCAAAACAUCACAAGGGAAGAUUCAUGUGUGUGUGGAGAUACAUGAAUGCAUUAAGUAUGAGGAGUUUAAGAUGUAUGUAUAUGUCCUAUAUAAAGGGGCAUUGAUCAACGGAGAUGUUAUUUUGUAUAAGUCCAAUAUAUUCCACUGUAAUGAAUUUCCAAAAAUUGGUAUCAGAGCUAUUAUAAUCCUGGAAGUGAUCCUAGAAGCUAGUGGCGAUUGA